CGGGUGUCUCUGCCUCUGUCUCUGUACUAGAAUUGAGUUCCGCAAACGAUCCGGAGCCAAGGCGAGGAUCAGGAACAGAAGCGGGGGACUGGAGACAGGAGUGAGGAUCAGAUCUGUUGCGUGGAUUAUGAUGCAAAACGGUGGAUGGUUGGUAAAAGGCCCGUAGCAAAGGAGAGAGCGAGAUAGAGAAUGUUGUAAUGUUCGUUUGCGGAAAGUGAAAAAAAGAGUGUGGAAAAGAGUGAGAGAGAGAUGAUAGAGAAACUGGGGUAUAACCAUCGAAGAAUGGGACUCUUGUACGGAAAUGAAAACCGUCGAUGGUUGCAAACCCACACGGGGUGGAGGGAACGAGAGUCAACAAAUACCGUCCAGCUCAUGUCUCUGAUCCUGCCACAGCAACUAUUGCAAGAGAUAUGGAUGCAGCACGGAGACGAGCACCAUUGGAAUUGGGGACCGCAGAGAUCACCGUGCUUUCAGCGAGGGAUGCCAUCUGUUCCUGAAUGGCCAAAGGAAUGCAACCCACGUCGCCUAGUGACCCAACAGCAUAUCCGCAUUCCAGUCAACACGGCCACCUCCCACUCUGUACCUGCAAGAACUGGGGUUGGUAGGGCAAAGAGACAGCGACAUGAGAGGAAACUUGAUCAUCGUUUUCUUUCAAGGCAACGUCGUUUAACAAGAAAAGAAACCACCCUCGGGAAGAAACAAUCACUUUGCUCGCCCUCUGUGCCAGGGCUGGUAUUGGAGACAAAGACAUGUUGUAAUUCCUCAGACUGCAGGCACAUGUCUAAUCCUUCGAAAAGUCUUCUGCUUGCUUGGAAACUUCAGCAUGCUAAGCUGACUGCAACCUUGAUUGAUAUUUUGAAUAGCUUUUGGCGGCUUGAUACGGGAUGUCGUCUGCUUCGGAAACGCCACUGGCGAAGCAAAAUUAUGAUCGUGGACCCCGGUCAUACAGCCUCCUUCCAAGCAGAAGACUACAUCGAGAUGGGGCUUCCUCUUGCUUAUCUUGAUUCUAUGCCCUCCACUGGGAGGUUGUACCUUGUGGCCCUUUUGGAAAUAGAUCAUGAUAUGCCAGGAUGAUGAUGAAGUGAUGACAAACAAGGGAACGGAGAUAUUUCAAGAAGUGAAGUAGGGGC